AUGGGACAAUUUGACCAUCCCAACAUCAUACGCCUAGAAGGAGUCAUCACUAGAGGUAAUACAAUGAUGACUGUAAUGGAAUAUAUGGGUAAUGGUGUUCUGGAUUCCUUUUUAAGGAAACAUGAGGGGAAAUUUACAAUUGCUCAGCUGGUGGGUAUGUUGACUGGCAUAGCUUCUGGAAUGAAGUACCUGACAGAGAUGAGCUACAUUCACAAGUGCCUUGCUGCACACAAAGUCCUUGUCAACUCUAACCUGGUCUGCAAAAUAUCUGGAUUUCGACAUAUUCAAGAUGAUAAACUUGACACAGUGUAUUCCACCAUGCAGGGUGGAAAGAGCACAGUUUUAUGGACAGCACCAGAAGCAAUUCAAUAUCAUCGUUACAGUACUGCCAGUGAUGUAUGGAGCUUUGGUAUAAUAAUGUGGGAGGUCAUGUCUUACGGUGAAAGACCUUACUGGGACAUGUCUAAUCAAGAUGUCAUCAAAGCCAUAGAAGAUGGAUUCCGACUUCCAGCACCAGUGAACUGUCCACCUGCUCUCCAUCAGCUGAUGUUAGAUUGCUGGCAGAAGGACAGAAAUGACAGACCAAAAUUCACUCAUAUUCACAACAUUUUAUCCAAACAUGGGCAGAGUCCUGAGAAAUGUCAGUCGGCCACAUCCACAACAACAAGGUAG